AUGUCCCUAUCAGAUUCUGAAACCAACUAUGGCAGUAGUGGUGGAUCCGAGUACAAGCCUUUUCGUCAUAUCAGCCGCGAUAGAUUAUUAUAUGAAAUGCUUGGAUCAGCAAAGUCACCGGAUUCAAAAGCAUGGAAGGUUCUCAUAAUGGACAAAGUUACAGUGAAAGUUAUGUCACAUUCAUGUAAAAUGGCAGAUAUUACAGACCAAGAAGUUUCUUUGGUGGAAGACCUUUUCCGGAGAAGGCAACCAUUACCAUCAUUGGAUGCUGUUUAUUUCAUCCAGCCUUCGAAAGAGAAUGUGGUCAUGUUCUUGUCUGAUAUGUCUGGAAGGGAGCCCCUAUACAAGAAAGCCUAUAUAUUUUUCUGCUCACCAAUCCCAAAGGAGCUUGUAAACCACAUCAAGGGUGAUACAAGUGUCUUACCUCGCAUAGGCGCAUUGAGAGAGAUGAAUUUGGAAUACUUUCCGAUAGAUAGCCAGGGGUUUUCCACUGAUCAAGAAACAGCCCUGCAAGAACUUUACGGCACUAUGGACAAUGUUCGUAGAUUUAAUACUUGCUUGAAUACUAUGGCAAUUCGAAUAGCUACAGUUUUUGCAUCACUGAAGGAGUUACCGAAUGUGUGGUAUCGUUCAGCAAAGGAAAGUGACGAAUCUAAUCCAACAGCAGGUCGUGAAUUAGUUCCUAGCAAGCUUGCUGAUGCAGUUUGGGACAUGGUUUCUAAAUAUAAAUCUACUAUUCCCAAAUUUCCACAGAGUGAAACAUGCGACCUGAUCAUUAUUGACAGAACCAUUGAUCAGAUUGCUCCUGUCAUUCAUGAAUGGACCUAUGAUGCUAUGUGCCAUGAUUUGUUGGAUAUGGAUGGAAAUAAAUAUAUGCAUGAGGUUCCCAGCAAAUCCGGAGGUCCACCUGAGAAAAAGGAGGUCCUUCUAGAAGAACAUGAUUCAGUCUGGCUUGAACUUCGACAUGCACAUAUAGCAGAUGCUAGUGAGAGAUUGCAUGAAAAGUUUACCACCUUUAAGUCAAAGAACAAAGCAGCACAAAUUCACCAAAGUUCAAGAGAUGGUGGUGAAUUAUCUACACGAGAUUUGCAAAAAAUGGUUCAAGCUUUGCCUCAAUACACUGAGCAAAUGGAAAAGAUUUCACUCCAUGUAGAGAUAGCUGGAAAGAUCAACACAAUUAUCAGAGAAAACAAUCUCCGAGGGCUAGGACAGUUGGAGCAGGAUCUUGUUUUCGGGGAUGCUCAAGCCAAGGACGUUAUUAACUUUUUAAGAACAAAUCAGAAUAUGACUCCUGAAUAUAAGCUACGGUUGUUGAUGAUCUAUGCAACAGUCUACCCUGAGAAGUUUGAGGGUGAUAAAGGUUUAAAGCUAAUGCAGUUGGCAAAACUAUCGCCCGAUGACAUGAAAGUUAUCAGUAAUAUGCAACUACUUGCGGGAUCAUCAAAAAAUAAGGCAGCUACUACUGGCGGUGGUUUCUCAUUGAAGUUCAAUAACCAGAAGACAAAGCAAGCAGCACGCAAGGAUCGUACUGACGAAGAGGAAGAACAAUGGUCACUAUUUCGAUUUUAUCCCGUUUUGGAGGAGCUCAUUCAAAGUCUUAAUAAGGGUGGAUUGCCAAAGACUGACUAUGCAUGUAAAAAUGAACCGAUUCCUGCUCCACAAGCAAACUCUACUCAAUCCGGUAAAAGCAAUCAGACAGCUCCACCUCCGACCACCGCUCCUCAUUCAAUGAGAUCUAGACGGACAGCCAAUUGGGCUAAGAGAGGUACUUCUGACGAUGGAUAUUCAAGUGACUCCACGUUAAAGAACGUAACUGCUGAUUUCAAGAAGAUGGGAAAGCGAAUCUUUGUGUUUAUUAUUGGCGGGGCUACUCGAUCUGAGCUACGUGUUUGUCACAAAAUGACAACAAAACUAAAAAGGGAAGUAAUCCUAGGCACCACUUCCAUGGAUGAUCCUCCACAAUAUCUUACGAAAUUGAAGUUAUUAUGCGACAGUCAUAUUGCACUGGACGGCCUUGGAAUAUGA